AUGCAUGGUGCUGACUGCACCAAGAUAUACCUUAACAUCGGCCACUUGUAUCGGCAUUGUAAGGAGAAGCAUGAGUGCCAAGAGACCUAUGGAUCAUGUCCCAACGUUCGAGAGUACCGCGCUCAGAAGUACCAUGCAUCACACGGCGACACUCAAUCAAUCGAGAGAUACUUGGCUGAAGGAUUCCUCAGGUGUGAUCAUUCACAGUGCAUCUACUUCUUCAAGACCGAGUGCGCCAAACACUCUCAUAUGUACCAGAGACAUGUAUGUUCCAAUCCACAUGGAUGUGAAGCAUGUGUCAUUCGCAACUUCCACAUCGACAACGGUGAGAACAACAGUGACGACCAAGAUCAAUCCCACUCUAAUGGAGGGCGAAGAGGAAGACUACUCAAUAGGCAGCGCAAGGUCAUCAGUGGGACCGCGGUUAGUUACAAGAAGAGAAGCACGACAACAAACAGCACCCUUGCCAAGCCUUGUCAGGCUGGAGACUGGAAUGAGAGAAUGUUCAACUUGAUCAAAUGUCCACAUGUUGGAUGUGAGGAGUUUGGUCAGCCAAGUGUGAUCAACCAACAUCUUCGACUGGAUCACACUUGUCCAGUGUCACUACAUUUUGAUGGUUGCCAGUUGUCUCGUCAUAGUGAACAUCAACAUGAUUGGUUGCUCGUGUGA